GGGGGUUGCCAUGUGUCUUGAAUCUUCCACGUCGAAGUCGAUUUUCCAAAAAGUUGUCAAAUAAAAAGUUUAGCUGCUCAAAAAUUCUUUCCUCUUUCGGUUUGUUUGUGCCUUUUUAGGGUCGUCUCGCUAGUAAAAAUUAUUAAGUGAAAAAUGAAGUACUUUUUCCUAUUUUCCCUCCUGGUACUGCCGGCAGUAAUUUUCAUGGUGGAUAAUGGUAACAAAAUGAUGGCGUACGCUGAUGAAGACCCAAUAGACGAAGAAGAAGCUGACGUUGAAGGCGAAACUGAAGAAGGCGACCUCACGGCAACAGAAAACGAAGAAGAUGAAGAUGGGCCGCAAUCGAAAGCCUCUCCAGAUGCCGAUACCGUCUUAUUAUUUACUAAACCCAAUUUCCAAGGAGCUUCUCAAUUGGAACUCGUUGCUGGCAACCCUGUUGAAUUUCUAGUGGGAUUUCGUAACAAGGGACCACUAGAUUUUGUUGUUGACACCAUUGAUGCCUCAUUCAGAUAUCCCAUGGACUUUAACUUUUUUAUUCAAAACUUUUCUGCUAUUGGCUACAAUAAAAUAAUCAAACCAAGCCAUGAAGCCACUUUCCACUACAGCUUUUUGCCAUCUGAAGCUUUUGCUGGAAGACCUUUCGGCCUAAACAUCAACUUGGUCUACCACGAUGCCUCUGGCAACAGUUUCCAAGAGGCCGUUUUCAAUGAAACUGUUCAAAUAAUUGAAAUUGAUGAAGGAUUCGACGGUGAAACCUUUUUCCUUUACGUUUUCCUUGCAGCAGGAGUUGUUUUGUUGUUGGUGAUUGGUCAACAAACUCUGCUUUCUGUUGGCAAAAAGAGGCCUGCUGCCAAAAAAGCUGCACCUGUUGAAACCGGUACAAACAACCCUAACAAUGUUGAUUAUGAUUGGUUGCCUGCGCAAACCUUAGCUAGUUUAAAUAAAGACAAGUCACCUAAAUCUCCUAAGGGUGGUAAACCACAAAGUCCAAGGCAGCGCAAGGCGAAACGCUCCACUGGAAGCGAGUAGAUAAUCAAAAAAGCGACUGAACAAUAAUAAUCAAAUAAAUACAAUGACAUUUAUUUUUCACUGUUUUGUACAUUUUGAAGAGCAUCCAUCAUUAUCUAUUUAAUUAAAAUGCAUUGUCUCAAGGAAUGUGUUUUAAGAAAACACUUAUUUAUGUAGUAAUAAUUAGGUUUGUUUAAUUUAAAAUAGAGUUGUGAUUAUUUUUUUUUUACAUUUUGUUGUUAACUAAUUUCACAAGGAAGAAUGUAAAUAUCUAAUAAUUUACCACAGUGGUAAGUUUAAUAAUAAAGUAAUUUUUUAAAUAAUGUUUGGUUUUUUUAAAGCUAUAUAUGUCGCAGGCUUAUUGUAAAAUCAGUCUUAUUAUAAUACGCCUAGGCUUUUUCAAUAAGACUAGACAUAUCGUAAUACUACCCAAAUACAUAAGAAUUUUACAAUUAGACUAGUAAUUUCAGUCGUAUUAUAAUACGCCUGUUGCGUGUUAGUCUUAUAUUGUUUAAAUGAGCCUGCAUUAGAAUCUGACUAGAUGAAAUCGGUCGUAUUAUAAUGCGACUGACAGUGUGGCAGUCGAAUAAUAUUAAUUAUUAUUGUUGAUUAGUUUUAUUUCUGUGUAAUAUUUGUGCCUGAACUGUAGUGAGUAUCACGAAUGGAGAUUAUGAAAUUGGUAGGUACUAUACACGACUUAAUCGAUGGUUUUCAAGGGAUUAAAUCACUGACUGCAAAAGUAGGUAAUGAAAUAAUUGAUAAUCCAGAAAGAGAAACAAAGAUACAUGUUGCGCUGAAGGGUAGCUUUCCUAUUAAUUAUGCUACAGAGACGAAAUUUGGAAAAAAUACUUUAAACUUUGGUGAUUAAGAUGUCUCUUUGGCAUAAAGAAUAAGAAAGUUAGCGUUCAGCACAAUAUAUCGGCCAAAAGGCACAUUGAAAGUUUUAUUCAAUACAAUUCGCCUGGUGCAUUAUCAGUCGUAUUAUAAUACGACGGAUUUCAUCUAGUUGGAUUCUAAUGCAGGUUCAUUUUAACAAUAAGACUAACACGCAGCAGGCGUAUUAUAAUAAGACUAAAAUUACCAGUCUAAUUGUGAAAUUCUUAGGUAUUUGGGUAGUAUUACGAUAUGCCUAGUCGUAUUGAAAAAACCUAGGCGUAUAUAAUAAGACUGAUUUUACAUAAAGCCUGCGACAUAUACAUAUACAAUGUGUCCAAGAUAAGGAGGGCAAGUAUAGGGAUCUCGGAAACAGUGGAAGAUACGACGCUGCUCAAAUUAGGAAAAAGUUGUGCAAUUUUGUGCUCAUUGAAAUACCACUAUGAUAUUUUGAAAAUUCAGAGUGAUACCGGAGAUAUCCGGGAAAACCCAAAAUUCGCCCAAAAUUAUUUUAUUUUUUUCUGACCUUAUUUGAAGGGAUAUUUUAAAAUAAAUGGUACUUUAUCAUUGUUACUUUUCCUCCUCUACAAUAUGGCAUUAUCAAAUUUGUAAUCCGACAUUUCGUUUUUGGGCAUCAGAUCCCCAUACUGACCUUCCUUAUCUUGGACACAUUGUAUAAAGAAAAAUCGAGAGUGGUCAAGUCUAUGCGAUGCUAAUUUCCUUCUUAGGUGGACAACCCAACCACUUGACCAAGGCUGAUUUAAAUAAUGCUUGAGAAAUUGUUUAAAGCAUCACAAAGUAGCAACAACAAUGAUGCUUAUAAAUAAAAUAAUAAUGACCACCCAGUAUCCGCAAGUAUUGUCUUUCCUGUCUACCACACCCACCCUAUCAGUUUCCACUCGAACUCUUUGAUCAGUGUUAUCAAUUUGAGUACCAAUAUCAUCAAGA